AAAUCCACUUCGUUGACCUGCUUGACAUUUUGCUGGAUUUCAACAGGGACGCCGCCGGAAUCGUGUAAACAACAUCAACAAAAGUUAUUCCACUUUUGCACAAAAACUAUCUUAUUAAAUUGCUACCAAAAUGGCCCUGAAGACGUACGGCGAUAAGCCGGUCAGCUUCCAGCUGGAGGAAAAUGGUGAAUACUUCUGCAUUGGGUCCGAGGUUGGCAACUAUCUGCGGCUGUUCCGCGGUCUGCUGUACAAAAAGUACCCGGGCAUGCUGCGGCGUACCCUGAGCCCUGAAGAGCGUAAAAAACUACUGGAAACCGGUAUCAGUAAUCAGUUUCUGGCCAGUUCCGUAUCGUUGCUGCGAGCAACCGAGGUUCAGGACAUUCUCGAAGGUAACGAUGAGAAAUACAAGGCCGUUAUUGUGACCACGACCGAACAACCGGCCCUAAGAGAGAGUAAAUCCAGCAAGAAGCAACCGCCAUGGGUACCGACCAUGCCCAAUUCCAGUCACCUGGAUGCGGUACCGCAGGCAACACCCAUCAAUCGGAAUCGGGUGCAGAACAAAAAGAUUCGCACCUUCCCGAUGUGUUUUGACGAUACGGAUCCGACACUGAACAUUGAAAACUCAGGCCAGUCUGAGAUAUUGGUUCCCAUUCGAUUGGACAUGGAGCUAGAGGGUCAAAAGCUGCGGGACACAUUCACCUGGAACCGCAACGAGCUGAUGAUUACGCCGGAGAUGUUUGCCGAGGUACUGUGCGACGAUCUUGAUCUCAAUCCGACCACAUUCGUACCGGCUAUUGCGGCCGCCAUUCGGCAGCAGAUCGAGGCCUACCCGAGCGAACCGGUUGUCCUGGAGGAGGGUUCCGAUCAGCGGGUGCUGGUCAAACUAAACAUUCACGUCGGAAACACUUCAUUGGUGGAUCAGGUCGAAUGGGACAUGGCAGAGAAGGGUAACAAUCCCGAAGAUUUCGCCAUCAAAUUGUGCGCAGAAUUAGGUCUGGGAGGAGAGUUUGUGACUGCAAUUUCCUACUCGAUCCGGGGGCAGCUCUCCUGGCAUCAGCGAACCUAUGCCUACAGCGAAGCACCGUUGGCCACUGUGGAUGUUCCAUUCAGGACCCCGAGCGAUGCGGAUCAGUGGGCACCAUUCCUGGAAACGUUAACCGAUGCGGAGAUGGAGAAGAAAAUCCGUGAUCAGGAUCGAAACACUCGGCGAAUGCGUCGUUUGGCCAACACGUACACAUAAGGUAAGCACAGAAUGUGGGGUUUUUCUUCGUAUGUCCAAUUAAUACCUAUUGUAGUCUUAAGUGAAAACCACGUUUCCAAAUAGGAAUACUGGUCAACUGUCUUAAUUACGAAUCUGACGAGUGGUAAAUACAUGGAACACUUGAA